ACAACAGCCGAAUGAGACGAAUCCUCGCAAAACGUCUGUCUCACCUUACUGCCAGCAACUGCCAGUUGUUAUCACGAUGGCCGCAUAUACUACAGAACAUAUAUAAAGGCAUUCACAGUUCACACAAAGAUUUCUAUAUAGAAGUGUGUGCAUUACGUCAUCAAAGUGAUCGAGCUAUCGCUCUUAUCGGUUAUCCUAUUAGUUAUCACUGGUUAUAUCACCGAUGAUUACUUUUUGAACUAACGCCAAACCACGCCUAACCGGCCAAAUAACUCAAAUUGCAAUUUCAUCAAUUAAGUACGCGUAGUCUGGUUUUAACUCAAAUUAGUAUCAUUUAAUACUAGGGACUAGGGAGUAAGGCGACGCUUCUAGUGCUUCAAGAUAAAAUUCGUGUAGUCUGUAAUAAUCGCUAUUACGAUCCGUUACUACGAUCGUUAUCGUUUCGAUGAGGUUAUAUUCUCUCGUCACAAUAAGAGAUGAGUGAAGAUGAGUCCACUGGCUGUGAAAUGCACGAGAUUCACAGUCCACCAAUGGCAUUUAUACUAUCUGAACCCAGAUCUAGAAGAUCUCUAAGACCAGAAGAUAUAAACAAAAGUUAUUUGUUAAACAAUAAUUUUCAAAGUUUAGAAAUGGAAAACAAAACACCUAGACAGCAAAAUACAUCAAAUUCAUUUGAAACUGGAGAAUUACUUACAAAUCAAUAUUUUGAGAGCGAACAAAUGACAGAAAGUUGUAGUGAGGAAGACGAAAAAACACAAUCUCUGCAUCAUUCUCAAAAUUGCUUUCCAAUAAGAUAUAUUCCUUCACAGAAAAGAAAGUCUGAAGGGAAUAUUGAGAAGAAUGAACAGAAUAUAAGCAGCUGUGCUUGGCGUAUCUUUGCUGGCGUAUUCAUCAUAUUAAUAAUAGCAAUAGUUGUUCCAAACUUUAUAAGUAACAAUAAAAAAACGCAGGCUGUAAUCUUCAAUAAUCCUGCUUUAUUAACUGAAUCAGUAAAAGACCUCAAAGCAACAUUUUAUAAUCAAGAAUCAGAUAUCUGGAUUGAUAUUUCAUCUGCAAUAAACGAGGUGAUAUCAAGAAUUCCCAAGAUACCUUCAAUAAUUCUCCUGUUUGCAGAGGAACCAACUACAAUGAAUUGUUUAGCUACUAAACUAGCACAUAUAAGUAGUACCAUUUUAAAUGCAGAUGAUUAUUUGAAAUUUAAUCCAAAAGACUUUGGAAACGACGCUGGUGAGGUCAUUACUAUAUUAAAAGAACUUUCUGUAGAGAAAAAAAAAGUUGUAAUUAUUCACGACAUAUUGAAUAUUAAUGCAGAAGCAGUAAAGGCAUUACACAAUUUGUGCGAUAGAAUAAAUCCCUUAGUAGCAGAAGCUAUUUACAUUCUUACUAUGCAAACUAAUAGUUCUCUAUCACAACAGAAUAAGCUAAAGUUUGUAGAAGAGCAAAUUUAUAACCGACUAUCACGGAGCAUCGAUCAGGAUAUUUUAAUGGCACUCGUAACGCGCGUUACAGAUGGGAUAAUUAUAUCGGUACAGCCUGAGCCACAAUUAAGAUAUUGCUAAUCUGAAUUGUAAGAAAAUAAGUAUAGGAUAGAGCGGGAUUUUUUUGUCCAUUUUUCGCGAUGUUUCUGAACAGAGCAUAAUGAUUAUUUAAAAGUUGUGCUUGUGCCUUCAAGGAGCAAUCACAUGAUCGUAUAAUGUAAUUACAAGCACGUCACUGCAAAUAUAUGUAUAUUGUUUGCUAUUGUAAACUUUCGUAUUUUAAAGUUGAAACUGACGGAAUAGCCCCGCCCUAUCUUAUUCAUAUGAUUGAUAUAGUUUUAUAAAUAAUAAAGUUAAAUGUUUUUGUGUAUUUAUAAAAUUGAUAAUUCAAAGCUAGCGCCCUAUGUGCAGUUUGUUAU